AUGAGAAGUGGUGAUUUUAUGUUUCUUCUUUUUGUUGUAAUCUUGUUGAACUCUCCCUUUGCCAGAGCAACACCAAUUGAGGCUUCAAAGGCCAUUUUCAAAACCAUUAAGCAAAAGGAGGCAAAAGUAUCACCUUUUGCAGCAACACCACCCACUCAUCAUCAGGCCUUUUGUACAAACUUUAGGCUUUCUGAGUUACAUUUGAAAUUUUACAUUGUGAUCAAUUUCGCUGACUUUUAUGUCUUUUGUUGCGUUUCGGGCCGGGUGGAAAUUGUUGGAUACAAGUAUGCUAUGAUUCAGUUAAAGGCACCAACAACUGGAACGAUCAAUGGAGCACAUGGAACCCUAAAUGUCUGGAACCCGGUUGUCAACCCAUUGGGCCAAAGCAUUUCUCAGAUAUGGAUCGUAGCAGGAGAUGAUACUAAUCUCAAUACAAUAGAGGCCGGUUGGCGGGUAAAUCCUUCCGACGGUCACAGUCAACCAAGGCUUUUCGUAUACUGGACAAGAGAUAAUUACAAGUCCACGGGUUGCUAUGACCUAAAUUGUCCCGGAUUUGUGCAAACACACAAGGAAUUUGUUGUUGGUGCAUAUUUGGAUAGCUUCUCGGUUUAUGGCGGAAAUCAAAGAGAGAUUACUCUUAAUAUACAAAAGGACCUUACAUCAGGAGAUUGGUGGUUGAGAAUCGGUGAUGUAGUUAUGGGAUAUUGGCCGGCUUCGCUAUUCACAAGCAUGGCGAAAAGUGGUGGUGAUAUAGUAGCGUGGGGCGGGGAGGUGGCGGAUUUCACGGCACAAGAUAACCACACUAUUACACAAAUGGGCAGUGGACAUUUCUCUAGUGAAGGGUUUCAAAAAUCAAGUUAUAUUCGUGACAUAAAGUAUAUUGGUAAAUUUUUCACUGAUAUUCAUCCUGUUCAACAAGAUUUUGACGUCCGUACAACAUUGCCAACAUGUUAUAAUUCUAAUUUUGACGUCCAUAAUUCUGAGCUUAGAUUCUUUUUCGGUGGUCCUGGAUGUCAAACACCAUAA